AUGCCGACCACGCUGCGCGAGGUCCUUCUCGGCAAGGCAGUUUCAGAUGACGUUGAGCUGGUCGCGGUCGAGUACGAUUUGAUGACGCAAGCAUCCCAGAGGGACCAUACUGCCCUCGAUCGUGUUGCAUACGACCAGAAGAACGUUGCUGGCCUCGUCGCAAAGGGUCUGAUGUUGUGCCUCGCUGGAAACAUGUUUAAGAUAUUCAACAGAAAGCGUUGGACAGACAACGACGAAGCCGUGAAUCAGCUUGGGCUCCUGCAGGCUUGCCACGGGCUUCUGGCUAGAGUGUUCAAGCGGUGGCUCGUGCAAGCUGGGUACAACGGCAAUCUGGACAUCGGGGUUGGAGCGCCUGCCAAAUCUUCAGAUAAACAAGACGCGUACGCCGAGCUGAACGCCAAGAACCGGAGGAUUGCUCUGCGUUGGUUGAACGGGGAACCUACCAGCGACCUUCUCGUCAUCAGGUUGGCGAUGGAGCCAUCCAUGAUGGUAUUGCGGCAGCAACUGCGCAUCGGUUCAGCAUCGUGGGAGAGGUCGCAGGCGAUACAUGCUGCAAGUGGAGGCGCUACGAAUGGGCAACGAGAUUACAGAAUAUUGGUUUCCGCCAGGGGCGAUCUAGACACGCUGUUCGCCGACGCCACCCGCCAGUUCAUGACAACCGAGGGGUUUUUCUGGGUGGUGAUGCCUGAAAGCAGCAUCACUGAGUAUUGGAGGUGCUUGGCGUUCAGAAUGGCAAGCAGGGCGGCUGCGGAGUACACGAGGCUUCUGACGUUUGUUCACAAGAGGCCGCCUUUCUUGUUGUUUCUCAGUGUGCACUACCCCGCCGUCGUGUUGCAGCUGAGGCAGUUGCCCCGCUGUUUGCUGGACCCCUUCACGAAACACAUCAUGGACACAUUCGACUUAGAGUCUCCAGAGCUGAAAGGGUUCCUGACGCUGCUCAUGCUGAUGGGGUACACGGACACUGCGGAGAUCGAGUGCUGGCAUGCUUGGGUGCGCCGCUUCCUCAUUCGCAGGGGCGCCCAAGCUCACAGGCCAGAGUUUGGGGACGUGAACGCAGAGGCCUUCGCCCACAGGCUGAAGGUUCGGAGCCUUGAAGUGCUGGAGUGGCUGCACGCCGACGCAGUGGGCCAGUACCAUGCAGCGUUCAACGUGGGGGGAGAUGGCGAUGAAGAUCCACCCAGCAGCAAGGCCAAGCAGAAGCAGAAGCGCGGCGGAGGUGGCGAGUGGAGGGCGUUCGUCAGCAGCCAGCUUCACCAGGGCAUUACGGACUUCCAUGAGAUAUCACUCCGCUACUUGGUACGGACCGAGGCAGAGAGGCAUGACAACAUUCGAGCGGGGGCUGUCGGCACAGAUCUACACAGACAAGGGCAGCGUGCAUUCGGGCCGACACUGAAGGAUCGGCGCGCGCAGGAUUUGCACACCGAGGCUAUCGCGUUCAACCGCCGACACCCUUUGGAGGAUAUCGCUUGCGUGUCGUCAGCCCCAGCACCGGCCGCCGUGGAGAUGGAGGGCCACACGGAGGACCGAGUGCAACAUAUGAUGGCUUUGGUUACCGCAGUCUGCAAGUUGGACCAUCAGCGGCGCCAAUGGCGUGAAGAGCGGGGCGCUGCGGUGAUCAAGGAUUUUGUCAGGACACAGUCAGACGAGCUUCUACGAGAAGUGGUAUCUCGCAUCAAGGGGCUGAGCCCUUGGGCUGGGAAGCUCGUGGCAAAGCCUGUCCUGAGGCUUCCAGGGCUUGAUAUUACUUGUUGCGAUGCCUGCUUCGAGACUGACCUCUUCACUUUCUCUACUGCCAAGAUGCUUGCUACUGCCCCGAGAGCUGGAGGCAAUUGGGCGGCAGCCUUGGAUAACCAUUGGACGGCCAGCCACAGGCCAGUGUUCGAAGGCGAGUGGCGCGGGCCUACGACGUGCGAUGACACACAGACGCAAUGUUAUAAGUACGGAUACUGUGUAUGUAGCAAGCCAGGCCGCAAAGUCUUGCGAUUGCGCAACUCCGUGCUGACAGCGAUCAAGGAGUUCGGCCCCAUGCGCUCUGACAAGCGGGACAUGCUGGUUGAUGGCUUCAUCGUGAUGCGCCUCACGGGCACCCCCGUCGACUCCGUGUUCGCUGGACUUGAUGACCCAGAGCUCGAAGCAGCGGACUCGGCAAGCUGCGAGUACUUGGUGGACUUCGAGGCCUUCGCGGAGCUGGACAUCGAGAACUACACCUGGAGCUUGAAGUUCUACAGGCUGUGCCAGACUCCUGUUCAGCUGCCGCGGUGGGAGUUCAUUCUAAAGUACCAGCGUGCCCUGCCCGUUGAUUAUGAAGAAGUUCAGGCUGAUGAUGGCGAUCAGGCCGACGGAGACGGUGGUCCCGACGUCGAGGGCGACGACGGCGGGCACGGGGACCUGCUCGCGGGCGACGCUGGCAUCCUCGUUGGCGCCGGGGGCGCCGCGGCGGCAGCUGGUGCAGCUCACGACAUGGGCGACCUCGGGGCGGCAGAGUUUCUGCAGAGCACGCCUGCGCCAACUUUCGAGGGGACCUCGCCCCGCAGACUGCUUGGCCGAGUGCGCCCCGACCGAGGUACUCCGUCGGAGUACUUGCCCGACGGCGCUCCGACCAAGGUACUCUGCCAGAGUACUUGCUCGCCCCCCCCCCCGACCGAGGUACUCUGCCAGACGACCCCCCCGCCCGCAGAGUACCUGGCAGAGUACCCUGCGCCCCCACCCCCCCGCGCAGAGUACCCCGCAGAGUACCCCGCAGAGUACUUGCAGAGUACUUUUCCUCGAAAAAAGUACUCUGCAAGUACUCUGCAAAGUACUCUGCAAAGUACUCUGCAAAGUACUCUGCGCGGGGGGUACUCUGCAAAGUACUCUGCAAAGUACUCUGCACGGGGGGGUACUCUGCACAGUACUCUGCGGGGGGGAGUCCUCUGCAAAGUACUCUGCACUGUACUCUGCGACCCGAUGGGGCUGGGGGGGUGCUCUGCAGGGUGGUCUGCGGCCAAGGGCGUCGCCGAGAGGUGCCCUGGCAGAGUACGUGGAGCCCAGGGCGAGGUUAUGAUCUGCACGAGGUGCAAGGAAAACGACAAGGAUAAGCUGUUCGCGUUGGACCAGAAGCUGCCCCUUGCACAGCCCGACCAGUGUUGCGACUGCUACUACAUUUGGGUGCCCCUCUCGAUGCUGCUGCAAUGGGAUGAGUUCUGCACUAAGUACGAGGAUGACGAGGACUUCAGGCGGAGGGUCAAAGCUGCGUCCAAGAACCCCAACAAGAUGACGACGUACUACUCAGGCUUCUUCAAGAUGGACGUGGCCAAUGUGCAGAAGUUUGGCAUCGAGCUAUCUCGGAACGGCAGCUUCCUCACGGAAGCGCAGGUGAGGGAGGAGUUGGGCCAGACUCCAAAGCAGGCCAAACUCGGAGAACCCGUCCCGCUGGAUCUCCCCGAUGGCGAUUCACAGAGUGGCUACUUGUUCAUGAACGCGAAGAGCAAGACCCUGGACGUCAAGGUAUUUGCAAUUACUUCUGUCGAUUCGUCGGCGUUCACCGCCAACAGGGAUGACCAGCCCAUGAACAUCGGCCCCGAGGCGCUGCAGCGAGCUUUCGACGAACUCGGCGACAAGAAGACGGCCCUCUCGAACUUCCUGGUCGGCAAGGCGCCGCAUCUGAAAGCUGAGGAGGCCACCUCCCGCUUUGGCAAGAGAGAGCGGAGGACGGUGCGUUCUGGGGCCGAUGGCACUUUGAGCCCAGGCGCUGCCCUGUCGGGCGGGAAAGGUCCCUCGGGGUCCCCGAAGGGGGAGCUUACCAUCAUCGUGGACAUCGGCGACGGCAAGAAAUUGAAUGCUGUGUCAAUGUUGGAGAUGGAGGAACUCGGCGACGUCCAUGGUGGCUCGAAGGCUGGUGACCUCGACGAUACCGCGAGCAGGGCAGGGAGCGACAUGAGCAAGAGCAGCAAGGUCGUCGGAGCUGGGGGCAAGAAGCUGAAGAGGGGCGAGGCCUUACCGUGCAGCUACUGGAUCAAAAAGAUACCUUUGGCCGUUGUGUUAAAGUCAGACAAGUCUGAUAGGCGGGACGUCCGUCAAGCUGCAGCGGCAGUGAGCCGAGAGUCGGGAAAGUCGCAAGCAAAUCAGGACAAGGACUUGGGCAGGUUGAAGGCGCACCUGAGGAACGUCGACCACGCAAUGAAUCUCUGCCAGUCGGGAGCGGCCUCUUGCGAUGACGGCAAUCUCUGGGACGCUUUGAAGGCAAUGGAGAGAAUCAAGCAGCCGCUGCCGCACACGACCCUCCUCGGACUGCUCGAGCGCUACACUGGCACACUGACGAAGUCUAUACUGAUCAGUGGCCGACAGGACGACAUCGCCAAGCUAUGGGCAGCCGUGGUGCCUUUCGGCAGUGAGGGCGCAUCCAAGGCGCCGUUCGUGGUGCGUGAGCCGAAGAUGCUCAUCUUGACUACUGUGUUCGAGCCUUCCGACGUGAUCUGCCAAUUCAUCAAUACCAUAGUCAGUGGAAUAUUGGUCCCUUUGGUUACAUCGACUUCAACUUUGGGUGACGAGAAGGGGGCCAUUUUGACCAGGGUCUGCGCAGCAGGGCUGAGCGCAUUGGAUCUCCCAGAAGAUGCAUACAUCGAGGAGGAGUAUCUCACGCUGACCUUGAACACCACCACGCUCCUCAAGGCCUUGGCCACUCUGAUGUGCCCCGACAUCGCUGACGAUUCCUUUGACGGGUACGAGGCGCUUGGUGAAGUCUUCGACCAGGCGAACGCGGCGGACGAGCACAUGAUGACUAACAUCGGCAUUGCGAUCUCCGCGAACACCUUUUUCGGCCCUCUCUUUACCAAGCUGGCCGACGCAAAGUCCACCAUCAUCGAGAAAGGACGCAAGCUUCAUCAGCUUGUCGCGGCUGCGAUCGCAGCAGAUACGUCGUCUGUGUCCGAGCGCAUUGCAAAGAUCGAGGCCGGCCUGGUCGGGCUUGAGACGUACCAGCCGUCCUUGCCACCCGAGUGCGUGGCCAGCAUGCCCGCGAAGAUGCUAGAGAUGCUUGCAACGUUGGUCACCGAAGCCACCGUGGGCACAGGAGAGGCGUUCACUGUGUCGCAGCUGGCCGAGCUGCAAAAGGUCAUUGGCAAAGGCAGUCAUGUCUUCCCUUCCGAGGCGAGGGUGGACACCUGGAUCGAGGCUGUCGGGAUGAAGCUCCACGAGUCUGGCAAGACCGACUACGCGAACAGCUUGUUGGCGCUGAUCGACGCCAAGUGGGGCCAGCUGGACUCGAAAGAACUAACCGACAAGGUCGAGCAACUCAAGUCCUGGGGGUGGAGGCACGACGUGGACUUGAACGAGGAGCAGACCAAGGGUCUGACGAACGCCAGGGCAGCAAUGAUUGAGCUAGCGUUCAAGAAGAUCGGCCACAUCGACUCAGACGAGACAUCGAACCUGAUUGACAUCAUGUUGGACUGGGCGUCCAAACUGACAUCGGUAUUACCCAGUGGAAGUAAUAAGAAGUUAUUCACCAAGCAGGACAGCAUGUACAAGACGACAAAGGUUGCGAUGAUAGCACUCACAGAGUUCAAGAAGUUGGGUGACGUGCACAAGUGUACCGAGGAUGACAAGGAUAUGGCGAAGAGCCAGCGCCUCCUCCGCUCGGCCGAGUCCCUGAGCAAAAGCAUCGAGCAGGUGAAAGGUUGUGGUUUCGAUUGGUCAGAGGAUCGUCUCAUUGAGAACCUGGACAAGGAGCUGACCCAGCUCAUCCCUGAGAUCGGAUCGAAGAGGGUGGAGCUGCUGACUGAGAUGAUGAAGAAUGAGUGGACAACGGUCGAGAGGGGCAAGGGAGGGCACCCCGACGAAGACGGCAAGAGCUGGCUCAAUGGGGCCCCCGAGGAUUCGUGGGAGAAGUUCGUUGAUCAUUUCAAGGCCACGCUCGGGAGGAUCAACAUCGAGGCCCUGGAGGCUAGCCUCGAGAAGGUCGAGCAGACAACGAAGCAGAUCGGAGAUAUCUUCAUGGAGUACAUGCCCGAGUAUAAGGAUGCGCACGAGGUGAACCGCGCCGAGAUCAUCACCGAGUGCCAGAUGACGGUGGCCGCUCGCCACAUCAUGAGAGCGAUCACCACGGUCAACGACAAGGUCUUGCUGCGCACGACCAUCAGGGACGUCGCCCAGACCUACAUGAUGAACCGCAAGCUGAAGGUGGCAGCGUUCCCCACCAUCAUGAGGAACGCCAUCUCCCAGGGCCUCAAGCAGCAGCGCAUCGUCGGCUAG